AUGCCUCCUAGAAAGAAACAAAAGUUGUCAUCCCAAGCCCCAUCGACGCCAUCGCAAGCGGACAAUCCCCCCUCCAUACCUCCGAGCCAACAAGUCUCUUCUAAACCCGACGUUGACGCCGAUUCCAUUGUUGCGGAUCCUUGGACGGACGAUCAAGAGACAUCAUUGCUGAAAGGUAUAAUCAGAUGGAAGCCUAUAGGUUUGUCCACCGGAUUUCUUCGGGGUGAAAUUGGAUCGGAUACUCAUAUCAUCUCAGGAAUGCAUAAGCAUUUUCGCAUGUUAGCUAUCUCGGACCACAUGAAAAGCCAAGGCUACGCAACAGAUGAACAUACGCGAAUACCGGGUAUAUGGAAAAAAUUAGACUCAUUGUAUAAUCUUCCCGCAUUGGACGAAAGAGAAGAUCCAUUCGCAACAGAUGCCUCUGAAGAAGUAGAUGUCUCCAACGAACCUUAUUGUCCCUUCUCUUUGGAAGAGAGUGAAUAUGGUGACAUGAUGUUUGAGAGGAGAUUAGCUCCAGAAGGUUCAUCCUCUCCUCCUCCCAGUCUUCCAGUUCCGUCGAGGAGAGAAAGCACGAUUGCAGACACGGAUGAACCCCGAUCGUCCCCUGCUCCGUCGCGAGGCGGUAGACGUAGAGGGCGUGCGGCCCGCAGAACUAUCGGUACGCGAUCGUCAAGGCUAAGCGAAAAAGCGAGUGUCAAUGGGGACGACACUGGGGGAGAUAGAGAAGGUGCUGCGAUUGCCAGCGGGGCAGAACAGUCACAAGCUACGGGCUCAGCGGCCUCCAAACCAACCAGAGGCCAGACCACUAGGGGUAGAUCAAGGCGGGGAAGACCUCCGACUAGGCGAGGAAGAAGGAGAUAA